GGGGACGACCGUCAUGUGUUUCAGUCAGUCGGGGACUUUUAGUCCGCGUGCAUCUUUUCGUCAUUUGUUUUUGCUUUGUGACAUUUUACCGUGUCUCUCAAAUUUCAUUAUUUCUGAUAAAAUAAGAAAUAAAAUAAGAAAUAAAAUAAGAGAUAAAAAAAAGUCGCGAGCGUUUUUAGUAGCUUUCUAUAAUAAACUUAUAAUGUGUUUAUCGUGAUGAAAUAUUAACGGAGAAAAAAAUAAGACAGAAGAAGACCACCAUGUGCUUAUGUACCAUAUAUUUACUAGUUGUUAUAUGAAUCGAAAAGUGUGAAUUUGAAUUGCGGCGUAAACAUAAAUAAAUCUAAGUUAUUAGUGGUGCGUUGGAAACAGCGAAGGAGGAGAUGGCGGCAACAAGAUAAGAUAAUGGGACUUUUCACGACUAAUUGCAAGACCACGAGGAAAACGAAGACGAAGACGAAGACGAAGACGAAGUCGGGGAGAAGGAGAGGUGAUUUUUUUCAAAGUGUGUUAUGUCCUGCGUGCUUUCGUCGACGGGACGAAAGGAGGAGCGCGAUGCAGGCUGGUGUUUGUCGUUGAGAAACGACCGAACCAGCAGACAACGAAGGAGUAGCAUCGUCGAGGUGUUGGUGGUGGAGAAGAAGGAGGGGACGGAGGGGGGCGAGGGCAAGGGUGGUAAAAAGGAGGAGGAGGAGGAGGAGGAACAGGAGGAAGAGGAGGAAGAGGAGGGUGAGGAGGGUGGCGAGGGCGCCGCCGAUGUUGUCGGUGGUUCCUCGCAAGGUGUUUGUUGUUAUUCACCCUCGUACGAAAUGCAGAAAAGCCCGUGUAUAAAUAAUAUCGUUGAUGCAACGAGGAUUGCUCGUUCCGUUCCAACGAGACGAACCCUGCAAGCUUUGAUUUUCAUCCUUGCUACCGUCUAUGUCACCAUUCUCCUCUUUCAGAGGAAAACUCAGCUGGUCGAAGUGUUAAACACCGAGAUUAAUGGUAAAAACGAAGCGGUGAUCGAAGUAUCGAGGAGAAUCGUUAUCGAGGAAGGAGGAGGAGGAGGAGGAGGAUCGACUAUGACCCUACCAGUCGCUACGGCUACGAUCGUACCCUUCUCUACAAAUCUGGAUGACGUGUUUUUCAGUGUCAAAACUACCAAGCACUAUCAUCGUUCCCGUUUGCCGGCAAUCAUCGACACAUGGUUUCAAUUUGCCAAGGAUCAGACCUGGUUUUUCACCGAUCGAGAAGAUCCAUACUUUCAGAAUCAAACGAACGGCCACAUGAUCGAUACAAAGUGUUCAUCUUCUCACAACAGACGAGCCCUUUGCUGCAAGAUGUCCGUAGAGUUUGAUAGAUUUCUCGAAGCCGGUCGAAAGUGGUUCUGCCACUUCGAUGACGAUAAUUACGUGAACGUACCACGCCUUCUGAAGCUCCUGGACAAUUACAACCCACGGGAGGAUUGGUAUCUUGGCAAGCCUUCGAUACCAGCCCCUCUGGAAAUCAUGAGGCCGGGACCAGAGCCAUCGAAACGACCGCAAAAGGUCAGAUUCUGGUUUGCUACGGGUGGUGCCGGCUUUUGCAUCAGCAGGGCUCUAGCGUUGAAAAUGACGCCGCUCGCUGGGGGUGGAAAGUUUAUCACCGUAGGCGAUAGGAUCAGGCUUCCGGAUGACGUAACCAUGGGAUAUAUCAUCGAGUACCUUUUGAAGAAGCAGCUGACGGUGAUAGAGCAAUUUCAUUCGCAUUUAGAACCGAUGAAGUUCCUUAACAAGGACACCUUUCACGAGCAGGUAUCUUUCAGUUAUUCGAAAGGUGCACGAGACGAGUGGAAUAUUCUGAAAAUCGAUGGAUUCGAUAUAAAGGAGGAUCCGAAAAGAUUCAAAUCCAUUCACUGUCACCUCUUCCCAUAUCUACAGAAUUGUCCGCACAGGUGAUGACAUUAACGGACCAAAUAGAGAGUAGUUAAUAAACGAAAGAAGAAACGUCGAAUGAGAAGAUUCGUCAAUGGAAAUGAAUGUACAUUUUCUUAAUCAAAACGAUCUCGAGUCGGUCAGAUUUGCGUUGAUCGGUAAACGAGUCGAUAAUUAUUCUAAUUCUAAGAAAGUAUAUCCUUCCUUCCUUGUAUUAUUUGCCGCACGUAAUAAUUCGUAAUAAUUCGUAAUAAUUCGUAAUAAUUAAUAGGCCGUACGUAUUACUGCGAAAAUAUGUACGCGCACAAUUUGUACGCGUUAGUUUCGUUAACUCGUUUACCCUUUUUUUUUUUAGACUUUAACGUCUACUCGCUUUAAGUAUCUAAUUAGGCAGUUUUAGAAAAAUGUCGAUGAUAUCGACGUUUUGUAAGAUAAGUAUGAAACAAAUUGUGUAUUAUAAUAUAUAAGGGACUUAUAUGCAAAAUGUAGGAAUCGAGAUUAAAUGAAAUUACACUUUGUACAUAAUCAUAAGAUGAUAGGUGGCAAUCGACGGCAAGUUUCUCUCGAGCGAGAAAUGAAAUUAUUAUUAAGCUAGUCCAUUCGCGAAAAUAUAUAUUGCAAAAGUGAUACAUAAUUUAUAUAGAAUUUUAUGAAAUUUUUUUGGCUAAUAUUAUUAGUGUGCAAUAUAUGCGCAAUUUGUAGAAUAUUUGCGAAAACGAUGUCAAUUUAUAUUUGUUGUAAUAAAUGAUUUAGUCGGGACCAAAAGUCGAAUGAUGUUUUUACGUAUCGUUUAAUAUAUAUUUCUUGCACCAGCGAUAUUUCUUCUUUCCAAUAUUUUAUUAUUUAUUUGCAUUCUAACGUAAGCCGAUUUUGAAAUAUUAAACGUGUAAGAUGUAUAUCAAAGAAAUCAGAUCGGCCUCGUAUAUGUAGUAGAAAAUUGAUGAUGGUUUGGAAAUACGAGAUGUAAGAUACGACUA